CCAAAGAAGAACGAUGGUGGUUUGAUCACUGUGCAACCUUUACGCAGAUCAGAAAUGCAACCUUCUUACAAGCAAGAUCUUGGUUUGGCAGAAGUCAAUCAUGGAUUCUACGGUAGUUUGAUUAAUGGCUUGGGUGCUUGUGCAGGUUCGAUCGGUCAAUUCCCAUGUUGUCCAUGCCCUAACCCUUUCAAAGAAGUUCGUCAAGGUAGCGUCGGUUUGGUAAGCAGAUUCGGUCAAUUCUACAAAUCCGUCGAUCCAGGUUUGGUAAAGAUUAACCCUUGCAGUGAAAGUUUACGAAUUGUUGAUGUCAAGAUUCAAUUGACCACCGUUCCACAACAACGUGUUACAACAAAGGAUAACGUCAGUUUGGAAAUCGAUAGUGUUCUUUAUUGGCACGUUAGCAACCCUUACCGUGCUGCUUUCGGUAUCAAUGACGUUCGUACUUCUCUGAUCGAACGUGCUCAAACGACAUUACGUGAUGUUGUUGGUAGCAGAACAUUGCAAAGUGUGAUUUCCGACCGAACAGAAGUUGCAAGACAAGUAGAAGAAAUCGUUGAAGGAGUUGCAGAGAAAUGGGGUGUUUCGAUUGAAUCAAUUUUGAUCAAAGAUAUCGUAUUCUCACGUGAAUUACAAGAAUCACUCUCUUCUGCUGCUACUCAACGUCGUAUUGGUGAAAGUAAGGUUAUCGCAGCAAGAGCAGAAGUUGAUGCUGCAAGGUUGAUGAGACAAGCAGCAGAUAUUCUUGCUUCGCCAGCAGCAAUGCAAAUAAGACAAUUGGAAAGUUUACAAGCAAUGGCCAAACAAGCCAAUUCAAAGGUCAUCUUUGUUCCCAUGUCUCUCGAUGCAAGCGGAGCAACUGCUUUG